AUGAACUCCCGAAUCAAGGAGGAUGUCAGCCGACUGUUUGAGUUCUGGUGCGAGAUUGCUCCCGGCAAGGCGGACGAAUCCGCGCCGGGUCACAUCGUGGAAAGCUUCCCGGAGUCGUUCACGGAUCCCAAGGUUACCGCCGACAUUCCUGCGUUCGCGUUCCCGUGCACCUUCGAGAGUCGGACGAUUCAGGUGCACUCGUUCGUGCUGACCAACAUCGACUCAAAAUGGCGCUUUGGGUUCUGCCGGCACGACCCAAAGUCACCGACGGCGAUGGUGAUUAUUACGUACCUUCCGUGGCACGACACGUUCAUGCGCUUCCUCAACGUGCUGGCCGACAUCCGGAAGAACCGACCGAACGAGUUCGCGUCCUUUCUCGCCGAAUCGUACGGCAAAGGCGUACCGGAACCGGGCGCUUGCCUGAAGCUGCACUACGAUCGAGCCUCCCAAACGUUCCUGUUCCAAAGACCGCAGCAGUUCCAGCUGCCCAGUAUUCCGGAGAACCAUAAUCUCAAUCAGUACUACAACUUUGUGGAGCCGAAAUUUAUGAUAGGCAUAUUCGCCGCAAUGCUGGCAGAGCGGCGCAUCAUCUUCGUUUCCCGGAGACUGGACAUCCUGUCGUCGUGUGUGCAAGCGGCCAACGCGUUCCUGUACCCGAUGGUGUGGCAGCACAUCUUCAUCCCGGUGCUGCCGAUGCAGAUGAAGGACAUUCUGGCCGCCCCGAUGCCGUUUCUGAUUGGCGUACCGGAGGCGGUGUACGAGACGUUGCGCCGGGAGGAGAUCGGUGACGUCGUCAUACUGAACUGUGAUAAACGAACGCUGGAAACGCCGUUCGACGAUGUAAAAAGUAUGCCCCAGGAGCUGGUCAGCUCGCUCAAGAAGCAGCUCGCCAACCAGGCCGAUCAUCGGGGCGAUCGGGUUUCAAAGAUAUUUCUAGGUAUUCUAGUGCAAUUAAUUGGUGGGUAUCGGGACGCGGUGAAAUUCAACGACAAAAUCACCUUCGAUCCGGAGACGUUCAUCGAGUCCCGGCCGUCCCAUUUGCGGCCGUUUCUGGACAAAAUGUUGGAUCUGCAGAUCUUCCAGCAGUUUAUCGAGGAACGCCUUGACAUGCUGAACACGGGGCAGGGAUUCUCGGACGAGUUCGAGGUGGAAUACUUCCGGUAUGCGGAGAAAUCGGGCCGCAAGACGAAACAGUACAAGGAUCUGCUGAAAAACUUCAAGGAUAAGACUAAUCCGGCUGUUCGUUCGGCGGUCAAAUCGGUCAAAGAAGGUGGCAAAGGUGUCAAGACGGCGUACAAAGGCUUACGGUCUAAAUUUCGCGAAACGACACCACCCAAAGCGAAGCUCGAUAGCAGCAGUAGUUUGCAUCUGCACCACCAGUACGACGUCGGAGGCCAUCACCAGUCGGCACCGAACUCGCCCGUCUUUAAUAAGCGCCCGCAAACGAUCGCACUCCCAGACGACGUGUACCAUACGCACAAUCCGCAUCAAAUGCUCACCCCGUCGUCAACCUCACUGCACAACUCGCCACAUAUCCUGCUGGGCAGUCACCAUCACCAUCUCCACCAGGUGUUGCCACAAAGCAAUGGCGGUGUCGGUAGCGCCGGUAACAGCAGCAGUGCCGGUUACCACAGCGCCUCGGCCGCGAUGACACGCAGUGGAAGCAGUGCUGCCGGCAGCACGAGCCACAUGAACAACAAUAAUAACAACAACCACAGCUAUGCGAACAGUGGCAGCAACUUUAACAACCACAGUAGCAGCAACAACAACUGCAACAGCGCCACGAUGACCAGCAGCAGUGCGAGUGACAUUCGCAGCCCGACACUUAGCCCGACCAGCUCAAACUCGUCGUCGGAGAUGAACCUGUGGCAGGAGAUGCAACACCACCUAACGUUGUUCAAAUCGCCCGCCGUUAACCGGAAUCUCAAACCAUCGAAUGGCGGUUCCGAUCAGAGCGGCAGUCGGCCAUCAUCCCGAGCCGGAGCACCCGUAAGCCCACCGGGUUCCUCGGGUGGCGCUACGUUGCCCAGGAUACAGGAAUCGGUGCAGGUGGCAGGCUCACAGCCACUCCUGCGGUUGGAUUUCGGUGACACGGGCAGGACACCACCAGCGAGACCUCCGGCACCGGUCAAACAGCUGCCGGGUAACAGUAGCUGCAACAAUAAUGGCCACGACGAUGACGAUGAUCAGUCGAACUUUGACCUCUCGCCGGACGCACCCUGUCCACCGAUCCCGCCAAGGCGCUUCCAAUCGGCCGCCGACGCCCUGGCCGCCAUCCAGAUCUCUCCCCCGCCCAUGUCACCUCCGUCGUCUUCCUCGUCCAGCUCGUCGCCCUAUCGCACCUACAACAACUUCAUACCUUCCUCCAAACCCAAGCUGCCGGUGGCCGCAGCCGCCACCAUCGCUUCCCAUGGUCCGUCCACGAUCGACCAAUCGCCCCCCUUACCCUCUCCUCCCCCGCCGCCCCCGCUGAAAGCGCAUCCUGCCGGAAAGCACAACGACAUCCUCCGUUUCGACGACGAGGAGGAGGACGAACAGCUGAUAACGCUUACGACAACGACGUCGUCGACAACACCGGUGGCUGGGAUGGCGGUGACGACCACAACCACCAGCAUGUCCAUGACGUUCGGUCAGCCAGUACCUCGCAGACAGGAUCAAGCGCCCACCACGCUGCUGGCCAAUGCGAUUGACAUGCAGACGCCACUGGUGCCGUCUCAAUCCGGCCGAACGCCACCGCUGCAGCACGCCUAUACCUUGCCACAUCCACCGAAGGCGCAAGCGCCACAGCCACCGCAACGGCCACCGCUUGCCCCGAAGCCCACCUUCCGCAAAGAGUCCCAAAACGGUGGUGACACGCCGGAUUUGGUAACGUCCGCGGGUGACACAACCGGCCCGCCGGUGAAGGACGAUUCCCUAGACCUGAUCACGCUCGAGACGACGAACUCCAGCUUCGAGCUGGAGGACUUCGAUCCGCUCAAUGAACGGGCCAGACCGUUCGGUACGCCGCAUGCCACUCCCACCACCAGCUCAGCACUAACACCCUCCGGCCACCCGCCGGGCAUGGCUAAUGCACCCGGCGUAACGAUGCCGACGGCAUCCUUUCCCUCAACCAGUAGCCUGGGUGUUAAUAAUCCGGUCUAUCCUUACUUCACGCCGCUUUACCAACAAAACGCCGUAUCCGUGCACGCGCCCCAUCAACUUCAUCAACAUCUUCCCACGCAACAACGGGUCGCGGGAAUGGUAGGAGGCACCAGCAGCGCGGGUGGACCCACUGCUGCCGGUUCCACUGGCCGAGAGAGCAACGUUUCGGAUGAUUUCGAGCUGCUGCGAAACUACGGUCUAGACAAGUUCGCACUGCUGGAAAGCGGUAGCACGAAGCCUGCACUGCUGCACAGGAACGGUGGCACAAGCACAAGCACGAAAAGUGUGCUACCUCACAUCGCACUAAAUGUAGGUGGUGGAACCGAGUGCAAUGGGCAGGCAAAACCGGCAUUCAGCAACUGGACCACAUUCGAUUGAUUGCUUUCGCUGUUGGGCGCACUGGCGCACGGUGGUGGCAUCCUGCCACCGAUGUUAUACGGCCGAGAGAGUAGUUUAGGGCAUCUCCCAUUCGGCAUAGCUUUUCAUUUGCAGCAAAUCGCAGCAAAAUCGCAGAAAUUUAGAUAGUGAAGCCAUUGAACUCGUGUAUACUUUUUCUAGGAACAACCAUGACCAGCGUGCGAGCCGAGUGGAAAGCAGGAUAAUAAAAACAAACCCAACAUGUUCGUUUGAGUCAUCGCUUAGGCCAUAUUAACGUUAUACCAGUUAUCAUACAGCGAACUAGAGCCAAUAUUGCGUUUGUUUUUGCGUUUAUUUUUGUAACCAGUUUACUUUUUCUGUUUGCGUAACUUUCUCUUCUUCCUGUGCGUUUAAUUGUUGCUAAACCUAACCUUCCGUAGGUUUACCGUAGCUAGCGGUGUAUGUUUAUCAUCAAUAUCAAUAUCGUAUAACGAUGCAAUAAAUGAGCGUAUUAGUAAUGGCAUGAAUCACGAAAGUAGUUCUAGCAAAAGCGCAAAGAGAACAGCCAUCACGAUGGGGCUAGCAUAUUAUCAAAAGAAAAUGAAAAGUCGACAACCGACAGAUGCAAAACCUCACUUGAUUAUCAAACAUAGUAAAGCACAAAUGGGGGCGAAUUGUAAAGUGUGUAGGUGGAACAACCAAACGAAUGAACAAAUAGACAAGCAACAAGAUAUAUGGGGACAACCACAUGAUGGUGCAAUUGCACCGAAAGAUGUACAG